AUGAUUCGCCGACAAGCACGAGAGCGAAGGGACUACCUUUACCGCAAAGCACUCUUACUUCGAGAUGCAUCAAUCGCCGAGAAGCGCGCAAAGCUCAAAGCUGCCUUAGCGUCAGGAAAACCACUCGAUCCCUCCAUCGCCAAUGACGCCGAGCUCCGUGAAGACUUCAAAUAUGACGAGUCGCUGCCCUCCAAGGGUCAAGGCAAAGACGACGAGUUCAUGGACGUUGACGAUGAAUAUGCUCUCACUUCUGGUCUGGUAGACCCCCGUCCACUGGUCACGACAUCCCGAUCUCCAUCGGCACGACUCAGCACUUUUGCGAAAGAGAUUCGUUUACUGCUCCCGACAUCGAUCCGUUUGAACAGAGGCAAUCUCAUUCUGCCCGACCUGGUGUCAAGUGCAAACGCCGCUGCGCUUACCGAUAUGGUUCUCUUGCACGAGCAUCGUGGUACACCUACCGCGAUUACAAUCUCACAUCUCCCGCAUGGGCCAACUGCUAGCUUCUCCCUACACAAUGUUAUGCUACGAGCCGAUAUUCCCGAUUCGUCUCGAGGAACUGUUUCCGAGAGUUAUCCGCAUUUAAUCUUUGAGGGAUUCACGACAAAGCUCGGAAAGCGUGUGGUUCAAAUUCUUAAGCAUCUCUUCCCGCCAAGAGAAGGUGGUGGAAAGCUCGGAAACCGAGUUGUCACAUUUCAGAAUAGAGAAGAUGCCAUCGAGGUUCGGCAUCACGUAUUUGUGCGAACUGGAUAUCAGGAUGUGGAACUGGCUGAAGUUGGCCCGCGUAUGACUAUGCGACUCUUCGAGAUCCGUGGGGGCACGUUGGAGAAGAAUGCUGGUGGUGAUGUCGAGUGGGCUCUUACUCAAUAUACGAGAACGAGCCGGAAGAAGGAUUACCUAUAG